AUGGUCGCUGUUGGGAAAGUAUAUGCUCGUUUACCAGCUAAACCAGUAGAUGUGUCAGUUCUUGGACAGAAACUAACAUUCCGCAAUGGCCGCAUCGCUCAAAAUCGAUUUCUUAAGGCUGCUCUUACGGAAAGAAUCAGCUCUUGGGACCCAAACCUCAAAAAACGUGGCAUUCCAUCACAACGUAUUAUCAAUCUUUAUGAUAAAUGGGGCCAUGGUGGCUUUGGGAUGAUCUUGACUGGGAAUGUAUGCGUUGAUCCGUACAACCUUGAAGCUGCAGGGAAUGCGAUAUUUAGCAAGGAGAAUGACUGCCCAGCUCUUAGGGAGAUUUGCAAGGAAUGGGCAAAGACAAUGAAGCAAGAUGGUGCAUUAGCAAUAGUCCAGCUUUCACAUGCAGGACGGCAAACGCCAGAACUUAUCAAUCCUCAUCCAUUCUCAUGCUCGGAUGUACAGCUGACAGCUAAAAGGCGUUUUAUGGGCUUUGGAAAACCGAUACCAUUGUCUGUUGAACAAAUCAAAAGCGAAGUCAUUGACCGUUUCGUGUUUGCUGCCAAAUUCGCAUAUGAGCAAGGCUUCGACGGAGUGCAAAUUCAUGCAGCCCAUGGCUACUUGCUCUCUCAAUUUAUGUCUCCUCUCACUAAUAAACGUACUGAUCGCUAUGGUGGUUCAGCUAAAAACCGUAUGCGAGUGAUCCAAGAAAUUUUUGAAGGAAUUAGGGAAGAAAUCAGCGCAUCAACUGGCUUUUUGGUUGGGAUAAAGACUAAUUCGGUAGAGUUCCAAGAUAAUGGUCUUAAUGUGGAUGAUGCGAAGUUGAUGUGUGAAUUGAUGGAG